AACUGAUUUGUGUGUGUGUGUGUGUGUGUGUGUGUGUGUGUGUGUUUGUGUGUGUGUGUGUGUAUGUGUGUGUGUGUUUGUGUGUGUGUGUGUGUGUGUGUGUGUUUGUGUGUGUGUGUGUGUGUGUGUGUGUGUGUGUGUUUGUGUGUGUGUGUGUGUGUGUGUGUGUGUGUGUGUGAGACAGGAGCUACUGUUAGUCUCUGUAGGAGCUGAAACUACAGAGAAGAUCUGUGUGUUUGUGUUUUUGUUGUUGUGUAUAUUCUUUGUGUAUAUUAUAUUAGUGUUUGUUAGGUGUGUUUGUGUAAAAUGUCAGCGCUGAACGCUUCCGCAGGUACGGCUGUGUUUGUCUUGUCUCUUUUAUCUGUGCCUUUGUGCUACAGCUUAAAUCACCUCAUCACGACGCGAAGUAUCGAGACUGUCCUUAUGGCUGCUGCAUCAGUUGUAGUCAUUUUAUCCCAUUCGGCUCGAGUUCUGCUGAACCGGAAAGCUCCGACUGACCCCCUGUUCUACGUCUAUGCUCUGUAUGCAUUACUGAGUGUAGUGAACCUCAUAAUAGGCCUCGAGCAGGAUGGCAUCAUCGACGGGUUCAUGACCUUUUACCUAAAACAGGCAAAUCCUCACAUUAACACCGCACACUGUCACAUGAUCUCAUACUGGGACGGCUGCGCUCACUAUCUGAUGUACCUGCUGAUGGUGGCUGCAAUAACGUGGGGGGAAAGUUACCGAGUGAUCGGCUUGUACUGGGUCGGUUCCUUCCUGAUGCAAAUGAUUGUUUACAUUCCAGGCAGUGUGGUGGGUAAAUAUGGCACUCAGCUGAACACUCUGUUUCUUCUCCACCUGCUCUAUGUGUGUGUCUCUGUGUGGGCCUGUUUUAGAGUGUUCAACCAGCCUACAACACGGGAACUACCAACAAAUGUUCAGUGUGAACAGAUGAAGUCGCUGUUCCAGAGACCUGUGGAUUUGUUCUUCGUGCUCAGCCUCAUCGUAGACACGGUCUUCUCGGUUCUCAGAGGCCUGGUGGUGCUGGACUGUCCUGCAGAUUGGUGUCAUGAUUAUGUGCUAAAUUAUGAACCAUACCUCAAAGACCCCUCAGCAUAUCCAGCUGUACAGAUGUUAGUGAACAUGCUCUAUUCCACUCCGUGUGUUAUAAUGAUGAUGUAUGGACUGUGUGUUCCGGGCUGUGAUUGGCUGCCAGAUCUGAGUCUGGUGCACGCUGGGGCCAUGGCUCAGGCUCAGUUCUGUCACACUGGAGCGUCACUACACACUCGGACUCCUGUCACGUACCGCAUUCCAAGUGAGAGACUGCUCUUCUUCUUCACCUUCAACCUGUUCUAUGCUUUAGUGCCUCAGGCGCUCAGUUACCGCUGCAUCAGCCGUCCUGCCUUCUUCAUCAGCAAAACCCAGCAUAGCCGAACUGACUGACCCUCCCUACAGCGCCCGCUCGGGCCCGACCCUCCCUACAGCGCCCCCUUGGGACCGAACCUCUCUACAGCACCCUCGGGACCGACCCUCUCUACAGCACCCUCAGGACUGACCCUCUCUCCACCACCACCUCAGGACUGACCCUCUCUCCACCACCACCUCAGGACCGACCCUCUCUCCACCGCCCCCUCGGGACCGACCCUCUCUCCACCGCCCCCUCGGGACCGAACCUCUCUACAGAACCCCCCUCGGGACCGACCGACCCUCCCUCCCUCCCUACGGCACCCCCUCGGGACCGACCCUCCCUACGGUGCCCCCUCGGGACUGACCCUCCCUACGGCGCCCCCUCUGGACCGACCCUUCCUACGGCUCCCCAUCGAGACCGACCCUCCUAACGGCUCCCGCUCUGGACCGACUGACCCUACCUUCCUACAGCGCCCAUUCGGGCCUGACCCUCCCUACAGCACCCACCUCGGGACCGACCCUCUCUCCACCGACCCCUCGGGACCGAACCUCUCUACAGCACCCCCCUUGGGACCGACCCUCCCUACGGCUCCCCCUCGGGCCCGACCGACCCUCCCUCCCUACGGCUCCCCCUCUUGACCGACCGACCGUCCCUUCCUACGGCUGUCCCUCUGGACCGACCCUCCCUACGGCUCCCCCUCGGGACUGACCGACCCUCCCUCCCUACGGCUCCCCCUCGGGACCGACUGACCCUCCCUCCCUACGGCGCCCCCUCUGGACCGACCGACCCUCCCUCACUCCCCACGGCUCCUCCUCGGGACCGACCCUCCCUACGGCGCCCUCGGGACCGAUCCUCCCUACGGCGCUCCCUCGGGACCGAACCUCUCUACAGCAUCCCCUCAGGACCGACCCUCCCUAGAACGCCCCCUUGGGACCGACACUCCCUACAGCGCCCCAUCGGGACAGGACUCAAACUGCAGCUCACAGUCAGGACUAUAUUUAUGAGAAAUAAAUGUUUAACUGUACACACAUUGAUGUAUACGAUGUCAGUGUGAGAUAAUGGGACUUUUUCUUUUUUAUAAUCUUAAACGUGACAUUACUCACCUGAGGAGUUUCAGCAGUUCAAAUAAACAGUAAGAAUUCAUUACGGCGUGCAAAAGUGCAUCACUGCCUGCAUUAAACAUUUUGUUUUAUGACAUUCUGAAAAUAAAAAAAAUUAAUAUUGUU